ACUGUAAAAAUUUCCGCUCCAAAAUAAAGUCACCUUAUUUAGCGCCAGGUUUGGACUGGAAAUAGUUAGUGGGAAGUAAAUGUCGUCUAAGUAUCCUUCUGGGAAAAAAGGUAGCCGCGUAGGCUUAUGGUUUAAACGCGUUCUACCUGAUUCUCACCCACAAGUAAAAAAACGUAAUGAGCUUACCUCAUUUUCCGAAAAUGAAAGUGAAUGUCCAGUUUGUUUGAUGCCUAUAGAAGAUCCACUGCGACUUACUUCAUGUGGUCACUUCGCUUGCUCAGUUUGUUGGAGGAAUUUCAUCUCGAGUCAAAUAGAAAACUUCGCACUGGCUCAUCUCACAUGUAUAGCGUGCUCAGAACUAUUACAGCCAUCAACUGUGAUCCAUCUUUUGUCUGCUGUUUCGACUCGUCAUGAGUCUUCACAAAGUCCCGUAAAAGAUAAUCAGUAUGAUCGCAGUUUAUCUCGAUAUGAGGAAUUCUUACUUCAACAAGCAAUGUCCCGUGAACCAGAAGCGAGAUGGUGCCCAAGAGGUUGUGGUUAUGGAUUGAUAGCACACUCCUUCAACGCCUGUCCACAAAUCGUCUGUCUUCAUCCAAUGUGCGAAGGACGUUCGUUUUGUUUUAAAUGUAGAAGACCUUGGUCCACUGAUACGACAAAUGAAAGUUCGUCAGACCAAAAUAAUGUUAUGCAUAUUUGUCCGGCUGAACAAGAUAAGCGUAGUAAUGCAUUAAAUGGAUUGCGCUCUUUCUUUGGUAUUCGGCGUUUUAGCAGGCAAAUAUCUGGUCAAAAUUCGAUGACAAAUGGCCCCCAACCAAAAGUUUCUGAUAAUAUCCUACCAAUACAUUUAAAUACCCCAACUUCUACGAAGGAAAAACGUUCCCGUGUACCGAGAUCUUAUCCCAGUUCUACCAACUACUCCAAUGAUACUCGAUUAUCUAUGGAAGAACUAUUUGCAGAUGUAGAUCUUGAGAGUGCUAAUACUACUGCUCCUGUUUCAAAAAAAAAACAUCCGGUCGCUGAAUCUGAUCUGGGUAAUUCUUCUGAAUCAUCUCCCAAAGUAAACAGACGUUCUUCCUUAGAUUCUAAUGGUCAAAACACCUUAGUGAAACCAUGUCCUAAUUGUAAAACUCUCAUACAAAAGCUUAAUGAUGGAAGUUGCAAUUCUAUGGUGUGCUCAAUUUGUAAUUAUGAAUUUUGUUGGUUAUGUUUACGGGAAACUACAGCAACGCAUUAUUUGAAUUUUUCCGGUUGUACAGUGUUGGGUCGCAGCCGAUGGUCAAAACUUCGUCGUGUUGUUGCUGUUUGUGGUAUAAUGUUAGGCACACCAAUCCUCCUUCCACUCACAAUUGUCAUAGCACUUCCUGCUUUAUCAAUCGGCUUCACUGUAUCCAUAACCAAACCUGUAAGUUACGAUGUCUAUUUAGUUGAAUUCAGCUAACUCACAUGGAUUUCAGAUAUAAAACAGACUACGACAUUAAAACUUUUCAUAACAAAACCUAUCUUUUGUCUGAUCCGCAUGAGUGUAAAGAUGUUAAAGGUGGCCAGUUUAAAUGGAACAUGUAAAGGCAAGGACCGCAUUCCUACGGUUGAAGAACAUGUGGAACUUAAAGCAACUGUAUGCAAGCGAAUAUCAAAGCCAGAAUCUUCGAUAUGAACGUCACGACAGUUCUACUGUAUGGAGUUGAAACUUAUAGAAAUAUCACAACCAUCAUCAAAAUAGUACAAGUAUUUAUAAACAAUUGUCUACGCAAGAUACUCAACGUCCGUUGGCCGGAUACCAUCAUCAACAGUCUGCUGUAGGAGAGAACAAAUCAACUUCCAGCUGAAAAGGAAAUUAGGAAAAGACGUUGGAGGUGGAUAUGACAUACAUUGAGGAAAUCAUCAAACUGCAUUACGAGGCAAGCCCUAACUUGGGAUCCUGAAGGGAAACGGAAAAGAGGAAGGCCAAAGAACACACUGCGUCGGGAAUCGGAAGGAGACAUGAAAAUUAUGAAUAGUAACUGGAAACAGCUGUGAAGGAUUGUCGAGGACAGAGUUCUAUGGAGAAUGCUGGUGAGCGGCCUAUGAUCCUCCACCAGGGGUAAUAGGCGUAAGUUAAUCGGAUGUUUCUUUCGAAAUCCAAACACUUGAGACGGUUUAUUUUAUUCUGGGUUGUAAUCGCGGGUCUCAUUGUGUUCCCAGUAUUAACUGCCGUAACUUUUGGCCUUUUAAUUCCCGUUGUUCUGGGUUAUGUGUAUUUGUACCUUCCAAUUAGUUUGUUUCGAUCAUUGAUAAGAGAUGAAAGCGAGAUUCUUUCAAAACCGACCGAACUAGAGAAACUACAAUCAAUAAGCCUUAAUUUUGAAAACGAGUUUAAAGAAAAGAGUGAAGAUAUCAGAAUAAACGAUGGAAGUUUUAGUGAACCUAAAAUCGUCGUGGUAGACGAAACAGUACCGAUGGAAAGUGAUCAGACGUUAUGAGUGUUUUGUGAGGACAGCUUAUCUCUCUUAGUCUUUCAUUUCUUACCUUUUAUUCAAGCAGAAUGACUUUCUUGUGUCUAUUUAAGUAAAAAUACAAAAUAAUGCAACUUUUUAUAAGUGAAAGCAAAGGCUGUGAUUUGUUAAUUCCAAAUGAGUUCCUUCUUAUUUUAUCUGAUUGUUAUGUUCAAAUCUGCUGUUUGUAUGCUCCAAUAAUUUAUUUUUUGGUAAAAAGAAUAUAUAUGCUGUUUUGAGU